AUGGGUAUUCAAGGACUUUGGCCUGUUCUAGAACCAACUGCUGAACCGGUUACACUCGAGUCGUUGGAAGGGAAACGGUUUGCAAUCGAUAUAUCGAUAUGGUUGUAUCAAGCCCUACACGGUUAUGCGGCCCAUCAACAGGAUAUCAAAUCGCCGCACUUGGCUCUAAUUAUAAAUCGUCUAUCAAAACUGCUCUUCUACAAAAUUAAGCCUGUUUUCGUUUUUGAUGGACCGAAUGUACCGCAGUUCAAACGCAAGAUACUGCGUGAACGUGAAAUGAAACGUUAUAUGGAUGAUAUGAAGAUAUCAAAAGCACAGAAACGAGUUCUAACUGAAAUGGCACUCUCGAAUGAAGUUGAUAGCGAGCAUUCGCAAGAUAAAUGGAUAAACGCAUUCAGUUCAUCGUCUGCGUCGUCAUCGAAACGCAAAACUGAAGAGGAUAAGCUGAUGGAGAAAAUCCAGUUGGAUAACGCAAAAUCCCAACAGAACACCUUGAAACUAAAACAUGAGGCACAAAGCGAUUCGGAUGAUGUGCAGUUUGUGUAUUCUUCACAACCGACUUGCUCGAAAUCGGAGGAUGUAAAAUAUGAUGAUCUCGAUGAUGCAUCGAUGAAAUCGUUGAUUACGCCUGAUCAGCGUCUUGAUUACCUGUUGACCUUGCGUGAACGUGAACGUCGUGGUCGAGUUACCGAAGAUCAGGUUCCAGAGGAUUCGCGUGAAUUUUGUAACUUUCAAUUGAAACGUCUUCUGAAACGGAAUCGGAUCAAUGAGCAACUUGAUAUGUUGAAAAAAGAGGCACUCGGAGAUAUGUUCAACUCGGAAACGAAAUCAAAAGACGGUGCAAAUUCACAGAAUACGGUACUUUUAUCAGUGAUGGAAGGUCUUACAAGGGGACAUUUCUUGACGCGAGACGUUGAUGCGGACGUGAUGAUUGAUGAGGAGCAAACCGAAAAAGCGCAACAAAUCAAAGAGUCAAUCUCGUGGCCAGUUAUGUUGGAACGAAUGAGAAGUGAAACGAAUUUAAAUGGUGGCGGAGUUAAGAUCGAGCCAAGUGAAUCGGUAGAGAUUGCUAAUCGCAAUCCAUCACCUCCAAAAGAUAGUAUUAAAGACGAAAAUACUGAUGAAGAUGAAGAUGAAGCACUUCAAGAG